UCAGGGUGGCCAAUAGAAACAUCUUGCAGAUGGAUGGAGAAAAGCCAUUGAUUCAGGGAGGACAAGAGCAGGCAGUCAAUGAGACAUUAGCCCACCUGGAGGGGGCAGUGCAUAAAAGGGCUUCUCCUGGGGACGGACAGGGCUACCCACCCAGCUCUCACUGAAUGCCACAGGGCACAGGAUGGAGACCUGCCUGAAAGUCCUGCUGCUCGUUGGGGUGGUCACAGCAGCCCCCACACCAUCAUCAUCCCCUCUGCCAAGCCACGAGGCUGCGGUUUUAGCUGCAGUUCAGAUCUACAACCAAGAGCCAGGCACAACACUGGCCUGUCUGCUCCUGGAAGCCAAGCUGCAGCCAGACUGGGAUGUGUCUUUGAAAACUAUCCAGCCGCUGACAUUCACUGUUCAAGAGACAGUGUGCCUGGUAUCAGAGAAACAUGACAUCAACCAGUGUGAAUUCAAAGAAGAUGGGGUAAGGAUCAUCUGCUGCAGGGAGACAUCUCUGUCCCUAGGCAGCGAGUUAUAUGGGCCCCAUCUCUCAGGUCCCCAAGCCUCAAAGAAAAUGUAUAUUUCAACCAGAGACAUAAAGGAAGGAAUGGGGCUAUGGGACAGUGCCUUUUCUGCUGCAGCCUGCUUACUGAAUCUUACAUACAGGUCACGGACAACAUACAUUCAUUCAUCCAACCUCUAA